AUGCCUGCAUAUCAAGACGAUGACUUGGUGAGUGAUAUUCAGGAUGGCAACAACAAUAUCGUCCUAAUUGCAUUUGCUAUUGUGGAGGGAGAGACUUCUGAUGCGUGGGACUUUUUUCUGAGUAACCUGCGACAAUAUGUUGUGACUCGGGAUGUUGUGGCUCGCAGUAACGGAGCUUGGUCACCUCCUAGAGCUUUCCACAUGUUUUGCAUCAGGCAUAUUGAGUCGAACUUUCUGAGAAAAUUCAAGGCGCCGUACCUGCAAAAACUUGUCGUCAAUAUAGGAUAUUCGAGGACGUAUGCAUUGGCAUUUGAUGGUGGUUAUCCAUGGGGUCACACGACGACGAACCUAGUCAAAUGCAUCAACUCUAUUUUGAAGGGUGCACGCAAUCUCACCAUCACUGCACUUGUCAAAGCAACAUUCUACAGGCUUAACGAGCUAUUCACCCGAAAAAGAGUCGAGGCGGAGGCUCGAUUUAAUGCUGACAAUGUAUUUUCUGAGCUUGUGACCUCGAAAUUGCAUGCAAACCAACUUGCAUCAGGAAACAUCCAGGUUAAUUGCUUUGAUAGGCAGAAUGAGGUAUUUGAAGUGCGUGAGAUGCCAAGUGGACUGAAUUAUGCCGUCGACCUCCAUUUGCAUCGAUGUGACUAUGGCGAGUUCCAGGUGGACCGGAUUCCGUGUCAACAUGUGUUUGCAUGUUAUGCAAAUCAACGACUGGACUAG